AUGUCAGGAUGUGAUCCGUCCUGGAGGGCACACACAACAUGGAACCAAAAUCAUGCCUCGGAGCCACCUCUUGGGCUCCUCGGUGGCCUUGGUCUCUCCUUUUUUUGCUCAACAGCUGUACCCCCUGCCCUUUCAGGGUUAGGGGCCCUGAGAGGCGUGUCUUAUGAUGGCAGGAUGCUGGUCCUCGUUGUUGGUUGGUUCCCCAGGUGGAUUGCAAGCUCCCUGCAGGCAGGGACUGUGUCCUGCUCACAACGACAUCCUAGGACCCUGGCCUGUGGCUGGGACAUGCUCGCGGGGACUCGGGAAGCACUGGACAAAAGAUGGAUGGUGGUGAUGACACAUCAGAAGAAGCUGAGGAUGGAAGAUUCCAAGGAAGCUUUGUCUCCUGACCGAAGACACAGUCUCACUGCUGAAACACCUCUGUGUCCACAGCUCAGUGUCUGCAUUUUAUGA